UACUUUCGUUUUAACAGAACGCGGGGAGGUCGGGGACGCUUCUGGAUCUCCGUUAUGUUUGAAGGUUCUGGAAGCGCGAGUUCCUGAAUAAAUUGGUUCUCAUGACAGAGACUAAAGUCACGAGUGGCUUCCAUUACAGGAACAAGCCUUAUCUGUAUGAUGAGUCAGUGGUGUAAACUGCAACAGCUGGAUUCUAAAUUCUUGGAACAUGUGCAUCAGCUCUACGAUGAUAGCUUUCCUAUGGAGAUCAGGCAAUACUUGGCCCCGUGGCUGGAAAGCCAAGACUGGGACCAUGCUGCCAGCGAUGUUUCGUUGGCUACCUUGCUCUUCCAGAAUCUCCUGUCCCAGCUAGAUGAUCAAUAUAGCCGCUUUACCCAGGAGAACAAUUUUUUAUUGCAGCACAACAUCAGGAAGAGUAAACGAAACCUGCAUAAUACUUUUGUAGAAGACCCCAUGUAUAUGGCCAUGAUGAUCUCUAAGUGUCUGCAUGAAGAAAGGAAAAUCCUUGAAGCUGCCCAUUCUACAGAUCAGAUGCAAAUGGACAGUGUACAGAAUACUGCAGUGCUGGGCAAGGUGAAAGAGAUGGAUGCAAAAGUCAAAAACGUGAAGGACAGAGUCAUAGAAAUAGAGCAAAUCAUUAAAAAUCUGGAGGAUAUACAAGAUGAAUAUGAUUUCAAAUAUAAAACCUUUCAAGUCAGAGAAGUUGAAACCAAUGGCAUGACCCAGGAUGACUGUAAAAAGGAAAAAGUUCAGCUCCACACCAUGUAUUUGCAGCUUCAUGCUAAGAGACAGGAUGUUCUACACUUGAUAUCCUCUUCGUUGCAUAUGAUUGAAGUUACCCAGAAUGCUCUGAUAAGAGAGGAGCUGGUUGAAUGGAAGCACCGACAACAGAUGGCUUGUAUUGGUGGCCCACCCAAUGCAUGCCUAGAUCAGCUUCAAAACUGGUUUACUACAGUGGCUGAGAGUCUUCAGCAGAUUCUUCAGCAGCUUAAAAAACUGGAGGAGCUGGAGCAGAAAUUCACCUAUGACACUGAUCCCAUUACUCAACAGAAGAAGGGGCUGUAUGAACGGACAUUGAGCCUCUUCAAGCAACUCAUUCAAAGCUCCUUUGUUGUAGAAAGGCAGCCUUGCAUGCCUACGCAUCCUCAGAGACCAUUGGUUUUGAAGACUGGAGUACAAUUUACAGUAAAGUUGAGAUUGCUGGUGAAACUACAAGAGCUGAAUUACAAAUUGAAAGUGCAAGUUCAGUUUGAUAAAGAUGUCAGCGAGAAGGUCACAGUGAGAGGAUUUAGAAAAUUUAACAUCUUGGGAACAAAUACCAAAGUAAUGAACAUGGAAGAGUCAAAUGGGAGCCUGUCAGCAGAAUUUAGACACCUGCAAUUAAAAGAGCAGAAGAAUGUUUCAAGAACUAAUGAGGGCCCUCUCAUUGUAACUGAAGAACUCCAUUCCCUCUGUUUUGAGACAACACUGGAACAGAACAGCCUUAUAAUUGAAUUGGAAACCACUUCCCUUCCUAUUGUUGUGAUUUCAAAUGUCAGCCAAUUGCCAAGUGGAUGGGCUUCCAUUUUAUGGUACAAUAUGCUGAUGAAUGAACCCAAGAAUUUGUCCUUCUUUCUUAAUCCACCUUGUGCAAGAUGGUCACAGCUUUCUGAAGUGCUGAGCUGGCAGUUUUCUUCUGUCACAAAAAGGGGACUCAACGCAGAUCAGCUGAACAUGCUUGGGGAGAAGUUGCUUCCAAAUGGAUGUACUCCAGAUGGCCUUAUUUCAUGGGGAAGAUUCUGCAAGGAAAACAUAAAUGAUAAAAACUUUCCUUUCUGGCUGUGGGUUGAAGGGAUCCUUGAACUGAUUAAGAAACACUUGCUCUUCCUCUGGAAUGAUGGGUAUAUCAUGGGUUUUGUCAGCAAAGAACAAGAGCGCAUCCUGCUUAAGGAUAAGGCGAGUGGUACAUUUCUUUUGAGGUUCAGUGAAAGUAGUCGAGAAGGAGCGAUCACUUUCACCUGGGUGGAAGGGCCAGCAAAUGAUCCGUCCUUCCACUCUGUGGAGCCCUAUACAAGAAAGGAACUUACCGCAGUCAGCCUUCCUGAUAUCAUUCGCAGUUACAAAGUGAUGGCGGCAGAGAAUAUUCCCGAAAACCCACUGCAAUACCUGUAUCCACGCAUUCCCAAAGACAAUGCAUUUGGAAAAUACUACUCCAGACACAAAGAGCCUUCAGAACCCAUGGAUGUGGAUGGCAGAGGCAAAGGAUACAUCAAAACUGAACUAAUCUCUGUAUCCGAAGUCCACCCUUCCAGACUGUUUGGCCCUGAGACCCUUUUGCCUAUGUCUCCGGAAGAGUUCGAUGCAGUAUCGCAAGAGAUAACUCCUGCAGAACUUAUGAUGUGUGCAGAAUAUACGCCGUGAAUGCUGGUUAGGCCACCUGGCUUAAAGGUUCGGUGUGUCCUUACUCCUAGAACCCAUAGGAGUCUCAUCACCUGGUCUCAUGUCUUGCAGUGUUUGGUUACUGUGUCACUUUACUGAAAGAGCAGCCUGAUACUUCAGAAAUGCUUAGUUGCUAUGAAAAAUAGUUGUUUAUGCAGCAGUCCUGUACAUAACUGUUUUCACAGUACCAUGUUUAAUAUUAUGUCAGGCUUUAUGUAGAAGGUUGUAUGGUGGUUCAGCUAGACCUGUAUGGGAGGAGGCUGGAGGUCUCAGACUUCUCUGGAAGCCCUCUGGGUCUGAACCAUCUAGGAUUAUCAUUUUACCUUGGUGUAGAUGUUUCAUAGUUACUCCUGCCAUACCACGUAACUUCCAGGGGUUGCCUUUCCUGGGGACCUCCCCCUACCACUAGUCUCUGAGUAAGUUCCCACAACUUAUUAUGCCCAAUAAAAGGCAGAAAUGAAUCGAUUUUUAUAAUGCAAUUUCCUGGUCUUGUAAUGUCAAGGCUUGCGACUGGGGAUUUCUCUCCCCUUCCCCUUUUGGAAGAUAGAUCAGCCUCUCAAGCAAUAAAAUCUAAGUUAAUUUUCCUUUUAAGAUAAAUGCUGUGAUGAAUCCCAGUUUACAGAAAUGCAUGCAGUUCUCUUGGCAGAUCAUAGGAUGGUGCUGGUCCGCUAAUUAGUGAUCUCAGGAGAAAGACUGCUGUCAAGUUAUCUAUCAGCUCCCAAAAAAUGAUUAACGAGAAAAGUAAAUCUUGAACUUAGUCUGAAAUUACACAGAAUAUCCUACAUGUGCAGAGAAUAAGGUUUCUCACAUGCACGAAAAAAAUUAGAAUUUAAUGCAAAGUCUAAUUAAAGCAAUUACCUGUUCCUUAGAGAUAACCUGAAUCCUGAAGCAAAGUCCUCCGCUGCUUUGUCACUGGACCUCUCUGGCUUCUUCAGAUGAUUUCAGCCAUUUAUCAAACUUAUUAGAUGGUACACUUAACUUAUUUUUCCUAGCCCAGGUACCCCAACAGCUCCUUCCCAUCUUACUGUUAUUGCAGAAAUUGGCAAAAGCAAUCAGGGUAAGAACCAAUGGGGUUUGUGUAGUUUUAAAUCAUGUGUAAUGUGGUCUUUCUUAUUGAGGGAAGAAUGUUCUUCCCACAAAUGUCAUCCGUGUGCUAGGGUAACGGCAGUGCUUCAAAACAGGGAUAUUUUUUGUCGUGUUGCCGGCUAUUGUAAGUGAUUAGUAAAGUGCAUUUAUUGCAGUC